GGCAUCGUUCCGAAGGUCCGCCUCUGGUCCAAGGACCAAGCCGGUUCGCCUUCGCAGCUCGACGCUUCUUCUAAGAAACUCGGUCAGGUGCGCACAUCUAAUUCCCUGCCUCGAGCCUCGCUAGACACGGCGGAAGCCAGCUCCAAGCCAAAAGCUGCAGCAUCAGCCGCGGAUACAAAAAGUUUAGGAGGAGG